AGCCCGUGAGGGAAGCAGCUUCGACUUCUCGACGAGCAUAGACACGAACCGUCCCACCCGCCCCGAAACCAUCCCAACCUCCCCUCAAACCCGCCGCGCCCGUAUCCCUCGACCGACCGACUGACGUCCCCUUGGCUCGGCCAAUCUCGCCCAGCAUGUCCUAUUUCUUCGCCACCCCUGUGGACAUAGACAUUGUCCUCGAGGACAGCGACGAGCGCCAGGUAGUAGACAUAAGGGAAAAGCAGCGCCGCGAGAAGGCGCCGCUGUACAUGGACGGCGAGUCCGUCAAGGGCCAGGUCACAGUACGCCCCAAAGACGGGAAGCGCCUGGAGCACACGGGCAUCAAGGUUCAAUUCAUCGGCACGAUAGAGAUGUUCUUCGACCGCGGCAACCACUACGAAUUCCUCUCGCUCAACCAGGAGCUCGCGGCGCCGGGCGAGCUCCAGCACCCGCAGACCUUCGAAUUCAACUUCAAGAACGUCGAGAAGCAGUACGAGUCGUACAACGGUAUCAACGUGAAGCUGCGCUACUUCGUCCGCGUCACCGUCGCCCGCCGCAUGGCCGACGUCAUCCGCGAGAAGGACCUCUGGGUUUACAGCUACCGCAUACCGCCCGAGUUGAACAGCAGCAUCAAGAUGGAUGUCGGUAUAGAAGACUGUCUCCACAUCGAGUUCGAGUAUAGCAAGAGCAAGUACCACCUCAAGGAUGUCAUUGUCGGCCGCAUCUACUUCCUUCUCGUUCGUCUCAAGAUCAAGCAUAUGGAGCUGAGCAUCAUCCGGCGCGAGACCACCGGUGCCGCCCCGAACCAGUACAACGAGAGCGAGACCCUCGUACGCUUCGAGAUAAUGGACGGCUCCCCCUCCCGCGGCGAGACCAUCCCCAUCCGCCUCUUCCUCGGCGGCUUCGACCUGACGCCGACCUUCCGCGACGUGAACAAGAAGUUCUCGACGCGCUACUACCUGAGCCUCGUCCUCAUCGACGAGGACGCGCGGCGCUACUUCAAGCAGUCCGAGAUCAUCCUCUACCGGCAGGCCCCCGACGCCGCCAACAACACCGACCCCCAGACCGUCGUCUCCGUCCCCGAAUCUACGCGCCAGAUGCCGUUACCCAGACAUGAAUGAUAAAGCGGAAAGAGAAAGAAGAUGAAGCUGGAUAGAAUUUCUUUUUCUCUCCUCGACCUUAUCGACUGAAUGACUGACUGACUGACCGACUGACUAAUCCGAUCCGACCCACUGUACAUUCCUCACCCCAAUCCUAUUCCAGUCCCAGGUCGAGCGUUGGAGGCAAAACGGCGUUUACUGGUCUCUGUAAUUUAUGUAGCAUGCGGUUAUGACCAAGCAGACAGGGAGGGAGAGAGAAGGAGAAAGCCAAGGCGUUACUCGCGAUGGAUCACGUAG